AACGACACCCUGAGUCUAACCAGCUCGCAUGAGCUCAGCACACUGCAACUUGAAGUUCAAGCUAGCAUUGUGGCAAUUUCAUGGCGGUCAGUUUAAUAGCAUACGGAGCCGGGAGUACGGUAGUUGCAGCACCUGUUUGAAGUUGCAAGUGCCUACUUUCCAGAAGAUCAUGCUGCAAAACUGCAACCACCGGCCUUACCUGAGGCUGGAAGUAAACCCCUCAAAAAAGUUUACCGCAACCCCUUUUCUUAGGAACUCAGAGCGGCUGCCUCACGGCAUAAGCACACAGUAAGAAAGCACAUGGCCACAGGUUUUACGCCUGUGGGAAAGCCCGGCGGAAUGGUGCGCCGGCUCGUGCCGUUUUGCGUCCUAGUAUUGCUGCUGGUGCCGGCAUUUCCCAGGUGCGAGGCUGGGGGAUUCCCUGAUCUUGAUGAUCUUGAAGACCUGGACGAGGCGAAGCUCGCCUCGCAACUCUUGCGCCUCGCCGACCUCCCCCUCUUUGCACAAAAGGCGCUCCUGCGUGUGCUCGGCGCGGGGCUGGUCGACCUGGACGAACUGCCGUGCAACAUUUUUGGGGGGGUCAGCGCCUGCCAGGAUCUCCCCCCUGAUUCGAGAAUUGUCCACCAGUGCGCGGGGGUGAACACGCGCGUGGACUGCGCGUUCCGGGGGAGCGCAAUGCAGCAGGCGUCGGAGGAUCCGGAUGCGGCGCUUCGGACGCGAUUGGAGGGGCUUGGCCACCGCCCGUGCGAGCCGUGCUACCAGUCUCUACAGCGCUUCUGGUGUGGUCAGGCGGUGCCAAAGUGCGGCACCUUUGAUAAGGUCAUUGAUAAGAUCCUGCCCCUGCUGUCCCGGGUCGCCACCGACGAGGAAGACUACGACGAUGCGCUUUCCGAAGCGGUGCCCGACAUCUUGGGUGCGCUCUCCAUGGGGCUCCCGUGCCGCGAGAUGUGCGACGUCGUCACGCAGACGUGUGGAUGCGGGGACCCGGAAACCUUCGGAGAGGUUCUGACCUCCGUCCACGAAGAAGCGGAGGGAUCCCCUGAGUCUGCCGCGCGCGCCGCCAACAUGUCCUACUCGGCCGCGCGUACGCUCUUCAAGCGCGUCUGGGACACGCCCAUCUGCGAGCUCUUCGCUCGGGAGAGCACCCCGGGCUUCCACGGAGUUUGCGAGCUCCCGCCCGGCGCGCAGUCCCCGUGCGAUUGGUGCUCGGCGAAACGGCCGCAGGUGCAACUAGUGUGGCAACAAAUGGUGGCCCAGGUGUCGCAGUCGAUUUCGUCCAUGAUGAGCGCGGGCUUGGAUCGGGUGAUGUCACCCGGGCGGCCGCGGUGGGAGGGGAGGACGUGGGGCGGAACGGACGGAACGGAACGGGCCAGCAGCGCCGGAAGCGAGCAGAAGGAGACGGAUGGAGGGAGUCAGGGUCACAGCUGGGUUUGGGUUUGGGUGAUUUUGUUGCCUUGCGCAAUGGCGUUCUUUGCGGGUCUCGGAUACGCCAGCUACUACGUGUAUGAUAAGAGAUAUAAUGUAGGGAGGCGGUACGUGGACCUCGGGGAUAUAGGGGAGGAGGAUGACGACAAGUACUCUCCACCCAUGUUGUAAAACUAAGUCGUUUGUGCCGAAUUUGUAGAAUAAUCUUACAAGAUUCGUUAUGCCCAUCAAGCGGCCGGAUCCUAGGUCUGAUCGCAACAGGUUUAUAAAGUCAGCCAGAGGAGAGCCGGACUCAGGGAGUGCAAGCUUGCAUGUCUCAAUUAUAUGGCCGCCUCAAGUUGCAACCCUCAUCGUUUGCGUGCUCC